GGCGCAGCCAAUGGAGGGCGCGGGCAGGAGGGCUGCCGCCGGGGGCCGGGGGGCGGCGGGGGGGUCCCCGCCAAUCGCGGCGGGCCGAUGGCAGGGAAAUACUAUUAUGCUAAUGGUUGUUUUGCUCGCACUCGCGGGGAGCGGGGUUUAAAAGCCAGGCGGCCGGGGGCAGGGGCUCAGAGGCGGGAGGCAGGGCCGGCCGGAGCGCGGAGGGGACGGGAGGCAAGGAGAGGAGCGGCGGGGGGGGGGCACCCACCCCGUCCCAGCCCACCACAUCCCACCCCGCGUCCUGCCCGGCGGCGAUGUCUAACGUGCACCUCUCCGGCGCCGCCGCCCUGGAGCGCCUCUCCGCCCGGCGAGCCCUGGCCGGGCACGGCCGCAGCCCCGUCUGCAGGAGCCUCUUCGGGCCGGUGGACCACGAGGAGCUGGGCCGGGAGCUGCGGAACCGCCUGCGGGAGAUGGGAGAGGACGACCAGCGCCGCUGGGACUACAACUUCCACACCGACACGCCGCUGCCGGGGCCCGGCCGCCUGCGCUGGGAGGAGGUGGAGGGCGCCGCCGUCCCCGCUUUCUACCGGGAGACGCUACAGGUGGGGCGGCACCGAGUCCCCCUCCGCCGGGCGCCCCCCUCGCCGCCGCCGCCGCCCCCCGCCGCCGGCAAGGGGCCCGGGGGGCGACUGAGCCGGGAGAACCGCGCCGCGCCCCGCCGCCGCGGCAUGCGGCUCCGCCGGAGGGGCCCGACGGCCCGCAUCACAGAUUUCUUCGCGAGGAGGAAAAGGCCGGCGGAGCCCAAGGCGGCGGCGGAGCGCCCCGCCGGCUGCCCGCCGCCCCCCGCCGCCGUGCCGGCUGAGCAGACCCCCCGCAAGCGGCUCCGGUGAGCCAGAUUUUUGCACUACGGCACCCACGGGAGAGGCGCGCCGCCCCCGGAGGCGCGGCGCCCCGAAGGCGCGGGGGGCCGGGGAGGGCGGCGCGGCGAGCCGGGACCCCCUCUCUCUGCGCCCGCCCGGACCGGGAGCGGGAGCCGGAGCCGGAGCGGAGCCGGAGCGCCUGCCCGCCGGCCGCGGCCGCGCACGGAGCAGUGUUAACGUACAACUGUGCAAUGUAUUAACGUUUUAUAUAGAAAUGUAUUAUGCCUAAUGUGAGUACACUGGCCAGAAGUGUAAAGCUUUAAAAGUCAUUUAUAUGAAAUGUUUAAUCUCUGCUGAGCUCUCAGUGCAAAAAAAAAAAAGAAAGGAAAAAAGGAAAAAGAAAAAAAUGAAAAAAGCAA